UGGCAGUCACUAUGGCUGCUCCAGUGUCCAACAGCGAUACGGGUACUUUAGGAGAGCGGAGUCAGGAUCGGGGUGACCAGAGCGAGGAGGCUUUAGAGGAGAGGUUGUCCCCACUGCACAGCGGCGAGUCUGCAGAGCCGCGGCGGUAGAUGACGAUUGUACACGAGUUCCGUCUCUGUCGCCCACCACCUAAGACCCCGCUCCUCCCAGAUUCCGAUGGCGGCGGCCGCGCCGAGGGACCCGCCUCAGACUCCCAUGACUACAGAAGUGCUUAUGGACUGUACAAAGGGCUGUGUGACCUUUGAGGACGUGGCCAUUUACUUCUUGCAGGAGGAGUGGGGGCUCCUUGAUGAGGCUCAGAGACGCCUGUACCACAAGGUGAUGCUGGAGAACUUUUUACUUACAGCCUCAAUGGUUUGUUUGCAUGGAACAGAGAAGAAAGAGACACGUUCUGGGCAAAAUGUUUCCCUAGAAGUUUUGUCACAGGUCAGGACUCCAAAGGUAGGUCUAAUCAGCCAGAAGGCUCACCCCGGUGAGAAAUGUGUCCUAAUCCUGAAAGACAUUUUGCACUUGGCUUACCUACUUGGGCAGAAACCAUACUUGACUGGGGCAUGUGCAAACCUACGACAGCUUCAGAAGCAUUUCAGUGCAAAUAAAAGUGACAUGGAUAGGGCAUCAUUUGUAAAGAGUUGCAUAUUCCAUGUGUCAGGGCAUCCCUUCACCUGUAGGAAGGUUGGAAAGGACUUCCCAGCUACUUUGGGUCUUCUCCAGCACCAGAUCACUCCCACUUGUGAGAAACUCAACAAAAUCACCAAGUGUGGGGAGACCUUUCAUGGUAGGAAAAGUCAUUACAAGUUGUGUGAAUGUGGGAAGGCUUCCAGCUACAAACAGAGUCUUGUUUACCACCCAAGUGUCCCUACUAGGAAAAGGGUUUAUGAGUCUAGCAAAUAUGGGAAAGCCUUGCGCUGUAAGUACUCACUUGUUCAGCUCCAGAGAGUCCACACUGGAGAAAGGCCUUACGAGUGCAGUGAAUGUGGAAAAUCGUUUAGGCAAAGAGCCACCCUCAUUAUACACCAGAGAGUUCACACUGGAGAAAGGCCUUAUAAAUGUGGCGAGUGUGGAAAAUCCUUUAGUCAGUGCUCCAAUCUUAUUGAACACUACAGAAUUCACAGUGGAGAAAGGCCUUAUGGGUGUGAGGAAUGUGGAAAGGCCUUUGGGUGCAAAUCCAAUCUUGUUCGGCACCAGAGAACCCACACUGGAGAAAAGCCUUAUGAGUGCAGUGAAUGUGGGAAAUUCUUUAGACAAGGCUUCACGCUUGUUCAACACCGGAGAAUUCACACCACAGCAAGGCCUUUUGUGUGUGUCCAGUGUGGGAAAUCCUUUAGCCAAAGAGCCACUCUCAUUAGACACCAGAGAGUUCACACUAGUGAAAGGCCUUAUGAGUGUGGGGCAUGUGGGAAAGCCUUUGGAUCCAAAUCCAAACUCGAUUGGCACAACAGAAGUCACACUGGAGAAAGGCCUUAUGAGUGUGGUGAAUGUGGGAAGUCUUUCAGACAAAGCUACAGCCUCGUUGAACACCAGCGAAUUCAUAGUAGAACAAGACCCUUUGAGUGUGGCCAGUGUGGGAAGUCCUUUAGCAGAAGAGCCAUCUUCACUAAACACCAGAGAAUUCACACUGGAGAAAGGCCUUAUAAAUGUGGCGAGUGUGGGAAAUCCUUUAGUAGAAGCACCAGCCUUAUUCAGCACUACAGUAUUCACACUGGGGCAAGGCCUUAUGAGUGUGGGCAGUGUGGAAAAUCCUUCAGGCAAAAGUCUGUCCUUAUUCAACACUAGGUAGUUCACACUGGAGAAAGGCCUUAUGAAUGUGGCGAAUGUUGGAAAUCCUUUAGCCAGCGCUCCAGCCUCAAUCUCCACCGAAAAUUUCACACCAGGGAGAGGCCCCAUGAACACAGGAAGUAUGGGAAAUACUUUACUCCAAACAGCUAACAUUGUUUAGUACCAGGAAGUCCACACUCUGAGAAAGGCCUUAGACCUCAAGGAAUUGCUGUCUCCUCAUUCAUUAUAAUAGCACUAGACAGCUUCUGUGAGGGAGCCGCCUGCCUUGAAAUUGAACCUCAUACCUCCCACUUUCCAGAGGGGUGAUAUUCCCAAUGAGUUCCAGGGACCUGUGAAGCUUACAGGAGCUACAGUCCAUGUUCUAAACUCCCCAGGGCCCUUGUCAGAGUUACAUCUCUGACAUUUUCUCUGGUAGAACCCACCUCACCUCUCCUGCCUUGCACAGUAUUUCAUUGGUCACCCUGAUGUGCUAACACACAAGGCAGAUGUCUGUGCUCUCUCCUUUUCCCUGGAGGAAAUCUUGAGUAGUCUGUGCCCUUACAUUUUCCUAUUUCCAGUUGAUUAAGUAUGAGUCUGACCCUUCAUCAAAAUUGUUGGUUUCACAUGACAUUUGUGGUUGAUAUUCCUGCCUCAAAGUCACCAACUGGUAAUUGCCUUGCCCCCUCCCCCCACCAUUGCUCUGGUUUGUGCAGCAAUAAAGGUCUUAUUGUUUAAUCUACCUUUAAUCAUGGGGGUUGUAUUCACUGUGGGGGGUGGGUGGAAAACAGAAUUGGCCUGUUUGUAUGAAGGGAUGGGUCCUCAGCCUCUUGUGCCUCAGCAGGGACAGUAUAAUGACAGGAGAAUAGUUUUCAUUCCAGUUUUAGCCUAAUUUGCAUUGCUCCCCAAGACCUCCUAGGAACUAAAAUAAUGCUUUGUGGUCCUAAUUUGGGACCUGGCAGUCUACAUAUUGUAUGACCACAGGUUACCUUGAGGAGGGGUCACUUAUUUUGGCAAGCUCCAGGGCCUUUGGGACUGCCAUGACUUUGUCUCAUA